AUGCGUCUCUUUCUUCUAUUUCUUCUUGUAGCUCUUGCAAGCUCGAACACCGUGGUAUACGACUUGAAUAACGUCAUAAUCAAAGAUGCUUUUACUCCUCCAACAACUGCUUCUUCAGAGAUUUGGUCAAUAUCUACGAAAAUUCCCACGACUCUGCUUGAGAAGAAAGGAGAUGCCUGUCAGUGUGUUCCAAAUUAUAUGUGCAACGCCGAAGACUAUGACGCAGCCUUGGAGGCUUCACGUAAACUGGGAUAUAGAGCCAGUCCUUGCUCACAUUUCUCGGAAAUCUGCUGCCCCACACACCACAUACUUCAGAAGCAGAAGCCACAACCAGAUUCCUCCAAGGUCAAGGGGUGCGGCUACAGAAACCUUGAAGGUUUUGGACGAGCCUUCGCAGGAACAGAAACAAAAUUCGGCGAGUUCCCGUGGAUAGUUGCUGUACUGGACUCUAACAACACGUACGCGGGUGCCGGAGUAAUCAUUAGCCCCGAAGUGGUGAUGACUGUUGCUCAUAUAGCUAAAAGAUUUGCACCAGGUACCUUCAAGAUUCGAGCAGGAGAAUGGGACACACAGACUGUCAAUGAGAUCUAUGAACACCAAGAAAGAAAAGUGAGUGAGACAUACCUUCAUGAAGAAUUCCAACCAAAAACAUUAAAAAACGACAUCUCUCUGUUACGUCUUGAGCAACCUUUGAAACUAACUGACCACAUCAACGCCAUCUGUUUGCCGGACCAGGAUGAAGCUUUUGACGGCUACAAAGACUGUGUUUCAAACGGAUGGGGCAAAAAUCUCUUCGGUCGGGAAGGCAAGUAUGCUGUGAUUUUGAGGAAAGUGUUACAGAAUAUGGUUCCACAUGAUGAAUGCGAGAGUUUGAUGAAGAAGACCAGACUCGGCAACGGGUUUAAUCUACACGAGAGCUUCGUGUGUGCCAGUGAAGACAGCAGGGAUAACUGCAAGCACGAUGGUGGCGCCGCCCUGGCGUGUCCCAUAGGCAACAACAGGUACAAGUUAACUGGACUCGUCGCUUGGGGUAUCGGUUGCGGUGAGAAAGAUAUUCCAGCAGUGUACACAAAUGUCUCCAAGUUUAGAAAAUGGAAUAGAAUUAUGCAUCUCUUCAUUGUGGGUAUUCUCAUAACUCUCACGGCUACAAACGGCGUGGUACAAAAUGCAAAUAAAUGCAAUAAAAGUGAUUCUGUUCCUCCUUCAACGCAGUCGUUGUCAGAGAGUCACACGUCUGUGGAGUCUGCGGAUAGCAAGACCACGCUGGAUAAGACAGAAGUUGAAAGCUGUGGAUGUGUACCAUACUAUAUGUGUGAGAUCACGCUAAUUGAUCUAAAUAGGGAUCAAAAUGAAUGCGACAGUAACUUAGAUAUCUGUUGCCCAAAAAACCGUUUAAUUGGUCCCUUUCAAUAA